AUGGAACUUGAAUCCCUAGAAGUGGCCCUACUCAAAACCAACCUUGAUAAAAGAAAGUCAGAAACCCUUAAAAAUAACCCUGCUAAGGCUCGAAAGUUAGAAAAGGAUUCUAGCAAGAAAAACAUCACACUUAACCUUGAUUUACAUGAUUCCGAGGAGGAAGAGGAUGACCCCCAUGAAAAGGAGGAGGGUAGCUCUAGUGAACAAAGAUUGACUUGCCUCCUUGCUAAAAACAAGAGAGUCAAAAUUGAAACCAAGCAUGCCUCCCCUGAACCGGCUGAGUUCCCCUCAGAAGAUGAUGAUGACUCCUAUAGUAAGGAUACAGAAGAUGAGGAAUUUCAAGUGGAAGAGGUGGAACAUGAGGAGGAUUGUAAGGAGGAUUUGGACGGAUUAAGAGAUUCUCUGGAGGACAAAGAGGACUCAGAACAAAAUUACCUACCUCGAAAUUCUCUUGAGGAUGUGGAAAUGGUGCCUUGCUCUUAG